AUGUUCUUUCAGGUCGAUGAAAAGUCGAAAAUCCAUGGAGGAAACUUGGUUGCAGCUGUUUUAAAGGCACAUGGAGUAAGGGAAGUGUUUACAUUAUGUGGUGGUCAUAUAUCGCCAAUACUCGUUGCGAUUGAAAAUAUUGGCAUUGAUGUGUUUGAUACUCGACAUGAAGCUACAGCUGUAUUUGCUGCAGAUGCAGUUGCGAGACUUCGACAAAGUAUUGGAGUGACUGUUGUAACUGCUGGACCAGGGCUGACUAAUGCUAUAACAGCGUUGAAAAAUGCUCAUAUGGCCGAAUCACCAGUGGUACUUCUUUGCGGUGCUGCCCCAACACUUUUAAGAAAUAGGGGAGCACUUCAGGAUAUUGAUCAAAUUGCUUUGGUUCGAUCUGCAUGUAAAUUUUGUGCACGAAUAACGAGACUAAAGGAUAUCAUACCUACUUUAAAACAAGCAAUCUGUAUCGCUCAAAGUGAUACGCCUGGUCCUGUUUUUCUUGAAUUUCCCGUCGAUGUUAUUUAUCCAUAUAAUAUAGUGACGAAAGAAAUGAAUUUUAUUAAAGAAAGCAAAACAAUAAAACAGAGCAUAAUCAACACAUACUUAGCAAUAAACCUUGCACAUCGUUUUGGUAAUGGAUGGAGAGAGCGCGAUGUAACACCUUUACCAGUUCGCACACCUCUUCCAAGUGAAUCAGAAAUAGAAGAGUUGUCGAAAAUUAUUAAGGAAUCACAAAGACCAUUAUUAAUCCUCGGAAGUCAGGCUAUUACACCGCCGGUUAAACCAGCUGUUUUAAUCAAAGCCGUUGAAAAGCUAAAAAUACCUAUGUAUUUAACUGGAACUACUCGAGGAUUACUGGGAAGAAAUAGCGCAUUGCAGUUGAGACACAAUAGAAAAGAAGUUCUGAAAAAUGCUGACAUCAUAAUACUUGCAGGUGCAGUUUGCGACUUCCGGCUUUCAUAUGGACGUGCACUGUCUCGAAAAGCAAAAAUUAUAGUAAUAAAUCGGAAUUACUCUCAAUUGACGAAAAACAGAGGCAUUUUUUGGAAUGGCCAUUUAUUCAUUCAGGCUGAUGUUGCAUCAACUUUAGUGGCAACAGCACAAGCGUUAGAUUCUCAGGAAUUCUCUGAGAAAUGGAAAAAAUGGUUGGACAGUCUUAUGAUCAGAGAGAAAGAAACCACUCUUUAUAACGAAACUCAAGCUCAAAAACCAUUUGCAGGUGGUGAAUUGAAUCCUUUACGGGUUCUAACAGCAUUAGAUAGGUCUCUUCCUGAUGACGCUAUUUUAAUAGCUGAUGGCGGUGAUUUUGUCGGUACUGCUGCAUAUAUAGUUCGUCCUAGAGGACCUCUUCAGUGGUUGGACCCAGGAGUCUUUGGCACCCUUGGAGUAGGUGCUGGCUUUGCUAUAGGCGCUAAACGUGUUUAUCCGGAUAAACCAGUGAUAAUUAUUUAUGGAGAUGGUUCAUGUGGGUUUUCACUGAUGGAAUUUGACACGUAUUAUCGCCACAAAUUGUCAAUUAUUGCUAUAAUCGGAAAUGAUGCUUGUUGGUCACAAAUCGCUAGAGAACAAAUACCAAUUUUAAACAGUUCAGUUGCAGUAAAUCUGAUUCACACUCGAUAUGACCAGAUAGCUGCUGCUAUGGGAGCAAUCGGAGAAAUGAUAACGAAGAGCGACGAAGAACGCCUUGAAGAACAUUUUGCCAAGGCAGUGGAACUUGCGCGUCUAGGCAGAUCUGUAGCUUUGAAUUUGAUUAUUGGCAAAACCGAUUUUCGAAAAGGUAGUAUUAGUAUAUAA